AUGGUGGGUCUAUUAUGGCGAGACGAAGAACAGGAGGCGAAGACGAUCGCAGAAGGUGUAUGUUGGUGGCUUGGUGGUGGUAGUAUGGUUGCCACGAGGACAUUUUCGUUAGUUUGCUUUCAUGUUGUACCUGCCAACAAAAAUGAAGAUUAUGUGAACAAAGUCAACCGUCAACUUUUGGAAGCUGUCAACUCAUCCGGAAAGAUCUUCAUCUCUCAUACGGUUCUAUCGGGAAAAUAUGUCUUACGAUUCGUGGUAGGAGCUCCAUUGACGGAAGAGAGGCAUGUUAUUGAAGCUUGGAAGCUUUUUCAAGAAACAGCCUCUACUCUUUUAACGAAUUAAUUCAUUCCCAAACAAAUAAAUAUUAUUUCUUCAAAAUAUUUGAUUUUCUGCAGCAAUUGCUUAUGAGGAAAUAUUUUCAUCAACUUAUUGAUAAGUGUAAUUUGUUCUGAUAUAUAAAUCAUAUGGAAGUUUAUUUUUUCA